GCAGGAGGGUUUGGUUAUCACCGGGAAACGGCUUGACUACGUAUUUUAAAAUUGGUAGUUGUUAAGAAGCAAAUGCUUUUCGCCAUGUUACCCAUAUUCUGCGAAACAGCUGCAAUACGUUUUUGUCGAUAGUUUGCAUUUUUAGUGGAAAGGCAGAUCAGCAUACUGAAGGGGAAAGCUUGUUUAUUCCUGCACGCACAUGCGUGUGUUUGCAUGGAGGCAAUGGGGGAGGGGUUGUUGGAGCUUAAGCAGUGCUUUCCCUUACACACUGCCUCACGUGUCGGAGCAUCUCUGCCGAGUUUACUUCGACAAGUGUGACGAUCACUGUGUUUCUUGACAUGCAUGUAAUUCGCGACAAGAUCGAAACUAAGCAGGGCGAGUAGGAAAUGCAGAGUGAUCUCAGAAGUGACGCCGAGAAGCCAGCAAAGAUGACUCGAGAUUUCAAACCAGGGGACCUGAUUUUCGCCAAGAUGAAAGGCUAUCCCCACUGGCCAGCCAGGAUUGAUGAAGUUCCUGAUGGAGCUGUGAAGCCAUCCAAUGCCAAACUUCCUAUAUUUUUCUUUGGCACUCAUGAGACUGCAUUCUUGGGCCCCAAAGACAUCUUUCCUUACCUGCCAAACAAAGAAAAAUAUGGUAAACCUAACAAAAGAAAGGGUUUCAAUGAAGGACUCUGGGAGAUUGAGAAUAAUCCUAAAGUCGAGCUGUCUGGGCAAAAGGUCCCUGCUAAACGUGCUCGCUUGGCUGUGGCUGACGCUGAGGGUGAGCAAGAGGAGACCGAAGGGGUCAUGGAAGAUUCGGAGCUCUUGCCCGAGUCUGCCGAUGAUACAGCACAAAAGGGAACUCCAGAAACUCCAGUAAAAGCCAAGAGAGGGAGAAAGAAAAAGAGUGAAGUGGAACAAGACUCGGAGAAAGAGGAAAUCCCUACCAGCCCAACUUCAAGCCCUCCAGGCAGUGAGGUACCCACUCCCAAGCGCAGAGGGAGGAAGCCAAAGGCAGAGAAGAUGCUGUUACUACAACAGCAGCAGCAGAUGGCCCCCACUGAUCCCCGCAGCUCUGGAAGUGAAAUGGAUUCCAGUGAGGCAGACAAGAAAAGGAAGCGAGGGCCAGAAGAGAAGCCUGCCAAAAGCCUGAAGCCAGAGGAGGAGGAAAAGAAAACUGAUGGCAGAAAAAGGAAAGAAGAAGAAAAAUCCAAGGAGGCCAAUGGUAAGAAAGAGCCUGAGGCCAAACGGAGGAAAAAUGCAAAAGGGGAAACCUCGUCUGAGUCGGAGGAAGAUGAGGAGAAAAACAAGAAUGACAGGUUUUCGGCAGCCAGAAGGCGCAAUCUGUUGAAAUCGCAACAGGACUCCUUAGAGAUGGACAGAGAUGAGCGGCGGCGCAAACAGGAGGACCAGAAGGCAACUGAGCAGGGUAAAGACGAGGGAAAGAAACUGGAUGAAAAGAAAAUGGACAAGAAAAAAGAUUUGUCAACAGAGUCAAGGCUGCAGAGGCUGCACGGGGAGAUCAAAAUAUCACUGAAAAUCGACAGCCCUGAUGUGAAGAAGUGUAUUGAGGCGCUGGAUGAGCUUGGUACACUCCAGGUCACCACACAGCAUCUGCAGAAGCACAGCGAGCUGAUUGCAACUCUCAAAAAGAUUCGCAGGUUUAAAGCCAGCCAAGACAUAAUGGACAAGGCAACAAUGCUGUACAACAAGUUCAAAACCAUGUUCCUGGUGGGGGAAGGAGACUCUGUCAUCAGCCAGGUGUUGAAUAAGUCCCUGGCCGAGCAGCGGCAGUAUGAGGAAGCCAAGAAGGGAGGCCUGAGGAAGGCAGAGGUGAAGGAGCAGACCACAGAGAGCAAGACUGUGAAUGGAGACGCUAACCUUGGAGAGAGCAGCCCAACCCAACAGGAACAGGACAAAGAGAAGCUCACAGAAGACCCUGGACUUGUGGAACAGAGCAAUACUGCGAAGGUGCAGCCGCAAGAAGAAUCAGCCUGAAGUACUUGCUGGUCCUGGCGGAAAGGUCAACCCUCUUUAUUCAGGAAGGUGUGAAGUUAUUCGAUUUUCCACGAGUUCUAAAACAUUGUCCCAUUUCAGGACCCUUUAGGGGGAGGAGAUCAGGAGGUCAUAGCCAGCCCUGUUUACUAGUUUUAUCCAGAAUUCUUUUAACAAAAUGUUUUUUUCUUGAGCAAAGUGUGGUUAUGUCCUACAGUUUGAGCCCAUAUUUGAGAUCUUUAAUUGUAAGUGUAAAUGAAAGUUUUAAAUCUAGACUAUUUUAUAUUAAAAUGUUUUAAAAACUGGGUAGUUCCAUUUUUCAAAUAUUUGCAUGUACAGCAUUUGUCACUUCCAUGAAAAACAAAACAAGGAAGCAGUUGCGAUAUGACAGUAUUUUCUAGAUUUAAAAAUAACUACGUACUGUAGCACUGUUCCACAAGUAAUUUAGCAUUUUAUGAAUGAGUUCAAUUUGCCAGUUGUUGAAAAGUAGAUAUAAGUUGCUGAUAAAUCUUAAGAUCAGAUACAUUAUAGUUCCUUUCAGCAGAUUACAUGGAUAAUUUUUACAUAGGUUUACUCAUUCUAAUGAAACUUUUGGUAAGUAAAAAUACAGCAAGUUGAUUAUUUUAAAUUUAUUUUAAGUAGUGGCAGUAAUGGCCUUUAAUUUCAGUAGGAUAGAGGUACAGUAAAACCAGAUUGUCCUUGUCGUUUUUGUUUUCUUUAUACCAUUAUCUGCUGUCCAAGACACUGUGACCCAAGUGUCCGGAGUGCUUAUUUGUACUUGUUUACUUUAUAAACAUACCUUUAACUUUUUUGUUAGUUUAGAUGUAUAUAUUUCUUUUUUGAAAGACAGUUACACUGCAUCACAAAAGCUACUGGAUGGUGUGCCAAAGUCAAUUGUUUUGCCAAGGUGGAGCUACUGUUAACUCUUUUUUGAAGUUGUAAGUGGUAUAAAUGUUUUUUUUCUUUUUUCCCAGUUGUUAUAUGUCAGCCUUUGCUGACACAUUUAUGUAAAUAUGGAAAGAGUAUUUUUGUGCCUGUCUUGAACCUGUUUUGCCUCCAUUAAUAAAGCAGUGACUAUAAACAACUCUG